UAUUCUGGUUUCCAGCAAUCUGCUGACAGGUGUUUUGUUUGUGGACACUUGAUAAUGGAUAUGAUCCUGCAAGCCUUAGGAAAGUCCUAUCACCCAGGCUGUUUCCGCUGUGUGAUCUGUAACGAGUGUCUGGAUGGGGUGCCCUUCACAGUCGACACAGAGAACAAGAUCUAUUGUGUCCGAGAUUACCACAAGGUAUUAGCACCCAAGUGCGCAGCAUGUGGACUCCCAAUUCUUCCAUCUGAGGGCUCUGACGAAACCAUCCGUGUUGUGUCAAUGGAUAAAGACUACCAUGUGGAGUGUUAUCACUGUGAG